AUGAGUGCUCCACCAGCAGCAGCGGCAACUGCCGGCGAUGAUGCCACUGAUAGAAAUGUCGAGAUGUGGAAAAUUAAGCGACUUAUCAAAAGCUUGGAACUUGCUAGAGGGUAAGACUUCAAAUUUACGAAAAAAAACCAUGACCUAAUCCUGAUUUUUAUAGAAAUGGUACAUCUAUGAUUUCAUUGAUCAUUCCACCAAAAGAUCAAAUUCCAAGAAUCCAGAAAAUGCUUGCUGAUGAAUACGGAACUGCUUCGAAUAUUAAAUCUCGAGUCAACAGGCUUUCCGUUUUGGGAGCUAUCACUUCUGUACAAGGAAGACUGAAAUUGUAUAACAAAGUACCACCAAAUGGACUUGUCGUGUAUUGUGGAACAAUUAUGACUGAUGAAGGAAAAGAAAAGAAAGUGAAUAUCGAUUUUGAACCUUUCAAAGCCAUCAACACUUCUUUGUACCUUUGCGACAACAAAUUCCACACCGAAGCUUUGCAAGGAUUAUUGGCUGAUGACAACAAGUUCGGUUUCAUUAUUAUGGAUGGAAACGGUUGUUUGUUCGGAACACUUCAAGGAAAUACUCGUGAAGUUCUUCACAAAUUCACUGUCGAUUUGCCAAAGAAGCACGGUAGAGGAGGUCAAUCUGCUGUUCGUUUCGCACGUCUUCGUAAUGAAAAAAGACACAAUUACGUAAGAAAAGUAGCUGAAAACGCUGUCGAAAUGUUCAUCAAAAACGACAAAGUCACCGUCGGAGGUCUCAUUUUGGCUGGUAGUGCUGAUUUCAAGACUGAACUUGGACAAUCUGAUAUGUUCGAUCAAAGACUUCAAGCGAAAAUGAUCAAAACUGUGGAUAUCGCUUAUGGUGGAGAAAAUGGUUUCAAUCAAGCUAUUGAACUUGCCGCUGAUACUUUGGCCAGUGUGAAAUUCAUCCAAGAAAAGAAGUUGAUCGGAGGAUAUUUCGAUGAAAUUAGUCAGGAUACUGGAAAAUAUGUAUUCGGUGUUAAAGAUACAUUAUCAGCUUUGGAAAUGGGAGCCAUCGAAACUUUGAUUUGCUGGGAAAAUUUAGAUAUUGUUCGAUAUAAGUUGAGAAAUUCAAACAAUGAAGAUAUUUUGUUGAAUUUACGACCAGAUGAAGAGAAAGACAAAUCUCAUUUUACUGAUAAGGAAACUGGGCAAGAUAUGGAAAUUAUUGAAACUAUGCCACUUCUUGAAUGGUUUGCUAAUAAUUAUAAGGUAAUUUUUCGAAUGAAUUCAAUGUUUUCAAACAAAAUUUCUGUUUAGAACUUCGGAGCAAGUCUCGAAAUUGUCACUGAUAAAUCGCAAGAAGGAGCUCAAUUCGUACGCGGAUUCGGAGGAAUUGGCGGGCUGCUUCGUUAUCGUGUAGAUUUGACACAUCAAGACUUGGAUGACGAGCUUGAUAACAUUGACCUCGACGAUUAUUGA